AGGCUUGGGCGCUGCGGCGGUAGGAGGACGGGGAAGGACGGAGCCGAGCCACGGCUGCCUCCCUCGCUCUCUCCCACGAGCGCUCGCCCGCCCCCUCCCUCCCUCCCCUCCCUUCCCCGGCCCCGGCUCCGGCCUCGGCCCGUUCGCUGUUCGGUCUUCUGCAGGGAGAAUGUCGGGCUCGUCGCUCCCCAGCGCCCUGGCCCUUUCGCUGUUGCUGGUCUCUGGCUCCCUCCUCCCAGGGCCAGGCGCCGCUCAGAACGCUGGGUUUGUCAAGUCGCCCAUGUCAGAAACUAAGCUCACUGGGGACGCCUUUGAGCUGUACUGUGACGUGGUCGGGAGCCCCACGCCAGAGAUCCAGUGGUGGUACGCAGAAGUCAACCGGGCAGAGUCUUUCAGACAGCUGUGGGACGGUGCUCGGAAGCGCCGUGUCACCGUAAACACCGCCUACGGGUCAAACGGCGUGAGUGUGCUGAGAAUAACCCGGCUCACCUUGGAGGACUCUGGGACUUACGAGUGCAGGGCCAGCAACGACCCCAAGAGGAAUGACUUGAGGCAAAACCCUUCCAUAACAUGGAUUCGAGCCCAGGCCACCAUAAGCGUCCUUCAGAAGCCAAGGAUUGUCACCAGUGAAGAAGUCAUUAUUCGAGAAAGCCCUGCGCCCUCUGUCACCCUGCAGUGUAACCUCACCUCCAACUCUCACACCCUUACAUACAGCUACUGGACAAAGAAUGGGGUAGAACUGACUGCCACUCGUAAGAAUGCCAGCAACAUGGAAUACAGGAUCAAUAAACCGAGAGCUGAGGAUUCAGGCGAAUACCACUGUGUAUAUCACUUUCUCAGUGCUCCUAAAGCAAAUGCCACCAUUGAAGUAAAAGCUGCUCCUGACAUCACUGGCCAUAAACGGAGUGAGAACAAGAAUGAAGGGCAGGAUGCCAUGAUGUACUGCAAGUCAGUUGGCUACCCCUACCCAGAGUGGAUCUGGCGCAAGAAGGAGAACGGUAUGCCCAUGGAGAUUGUCAAUACCUCUGGCCGCUUCAUCAUCAUCAACAGGGAGAAUUACACUGAGCUGAGCAUCACAAACCUGCAGAUCACAGAAGAUCCUGGCGAGUAUGAAUGUAAUGCUACCAACUCCAUUGGCUCUGCCUCCGUUGUCACCAUCCUCAGGGUACGGAGCCACCUGGCCCCACUCUGGCCCUUCCUGGGAAUUCUGGCGGAAAUCAUCAUCCUUGUGGUGAUCAUUGUUGUGUAUGAAAAGAGGAAGAGGCCAGAUGAAGUUCCUGACGAUCAUCAGGCAGAUUGAGCUUGAGGAGAAUCCAAGUCAAGCCUAGAAGCCACCCCAAGAUCGCAGGCCACCUGGCCUUUCAGGCAGAUUUAAGGUAUCUAAUUGGUUGUCACAUGGUUGCCUGGUAUAGCCCCUGUAGGUAACUGCCCUAGUCCAGUCAGACUGUUAUUGGGAAAAGCCAUUGGAACAAGCCACUUUUUGGUUUCCUUGGUUGGUCCCUUCAGAAGGUUUUCAAGGUUUGUGGUGAAGCAGGCCCCUGCCAUUUGGCUUUUUUGUCUGUCUCACAGACAAGAAUGGUGGAGAGCAUCUGAUGCAUUACCACCCCCAGUUUAAGACAGAUAGCUAAGCAGUAACACCUGGAGUCCCUGCCUGAAGUGGCACCCUCAAGCUGGCCCAGCGUCCCAGAAGGGAGUGGAUAAUAGCAGCAGAACCAAAGCCAAUUGUUAGGUAUUGGAAAGAAUAAGAAUCUUAGAUGGUUAGACAUGCUUAGAGUCAGAAAAGGUCCUGGAAGUUAUGUUUUUUUGUUAUGGAUGUUCUAUUUCUAACCCUGUGAUUAUAAUGGGGGGGGACUACUGAUGGAGACUUGCACCAGUAGUACUUCAGAUCCCUCACUAGCUCCCCAGCCCCAUCCUCUUACCCUAUAAUAGCAUCAGCGAAAACAAAUUAAUUGGCCAGCCAACUAUCACCACCACUUGCCUGUCACUGAUUGGACUGGAAGGGUAUGCACCUAAACUCAGUGCCUUGGGUGAUGGGGAGGAUGCCAACUCUAGUCUGACUGUUCUGGGCCUGUGCUUGUGCACUGUGGUGCUGUACCCUGCCCCAGAGAGCUGUCUGUGUCCCUGUGGCUGGCCAGGACCCAGUGCCAGCCAUGUGUGUCAGCGGAGAAUGCUAAGGGAGGUCUGGUGCUCCCUCAGGAAGAGCGCAGCCCUGAAGGCAUGCCAGUGGCUCCUGAGUCUCUGGAAGGACAUGUUUGAGAGCAGCAGCCACCUCCCCUUCUUUUCCUUUCUUCUCAGCAGCUCCUAAGUCUCUCUGCCUGCACUAGGUAGAGCGAGUAUUGUAGUGAGGCUGGUGAAAAGGUUAUUUGGUGACACUAGCGAUGUAUGUGGGGAGACCUGGUGGACUUCCAUCCAAAUGUACAUUCAUCAGUGAACUAGAUGGAGGAAUGGGAUGGACGUCAGCUGGAAGCAGAUGGGCCUUUGUAAAUACGUGGGCUUGUGCCCUGCAACAUAAGAGUGUCCUGGGAUUUUUACUUUCUUUCUCCUGGGUCCACAGAACUGCUAUUCUGUGAAGCAAAAGUGCUUUCUUAGGAUUUUCAUAUAUGCAUAAUGCUUUUCUCUCUAAAUUUCUCUUUCUUGUUGCAAAUUAGGACUUCCAAGGCAGAGUACCUAUGUCUAGAUCUGAGAGUAGAGGGGGAGAGUUGCCUGUCAGUGUGUUUUCAGCGUUGGCUUAUUAGGAGCAGUCAUGCCUCACUCCUGAAAAGGGCUGAAUGCUUUUGCUUUGCUAAAUAUCGCCUUUCUCAGCUUUCCCUUUGGAAAAAUUGAGAUGCAAAAAGUCAGUAGGAAAAGGUAAAAAUGGGCUUCAAAACCUGACUUUUUAAGACAAGGCUGGCUGCCCCUCUCUUGGCAGAGUGACGCAUUGGCUUAGCCUGUCCCUGUCAGAGGUUCCUGUUGUCUUUGCAGGAAGCCGUUUCACUUACCAGGUUGCUAUCCCAGCAUAUGUGGAAGAGACCGUCAGGUUAGAUUUGAGGAAUGGUUAGUAUUGGUUCUAUCUGACAAGUGCAGGCACCUGCCCAGGGAAAGCAGCUUUUUUUUUUUUUUUAAGAGCGCCAUGGCUGUUGAACACAAAUGGGGACGAGUUUGUUAUACAAGACACCUGUGGCCAGCAAAUCUGAACAGCUUCCUGGAGGGAAAAUACUCUUUUAAGAUAAAUUAUUAUAGGCAGUGAAUGAAUCCUAUGUAAAAGAGAUGACUGCAGGGUAAGUGCAAAGUAAAACCUUCUUGCUCUAGUGUCUUAGAAGAAUACUGUAAUGCAAGCAGCUUUUACUUUGUUGUUAUUAUUGAAUUGGGGCAAAAAAUCUGGGAUGCUGGAAUUAUUGCAAUGUUUGCCUUCUCUCUGUUCCCCUCCUGACAGCCAGCACCGUCCAGGCUCCAUUCUCUAUCACAUGCCCUUGCUCGAGCAUUUCCAUCCCAUAGUUUUCUUCUUUGUCUUUCUGCCUCUUUUUCUCAGACUCCUCCCUAGUCCUGCCCUCCCCUUUUUUCUUCUCUCCUGGAAGUAAUUUUUUUGAAAAUUUGAUUGUUCCUCUGUGAGUUUUCCUUAUGCAGUGUCUUUUUCUUCUUUAGCCAGUUUCCCCUCAACUCCUGUGCAAUUCACAAGAGCAAACUCACUUCAUGUGCUUUCCUCCCGUAUGCCCUUCUUCAAAUUUACAUAUAGAUAUAUGCAUACACUCCUUUUUGGAAUGAAUGAGGAGGUACCUUAUACCUGAUACAGAUUUGGAGUUUUAGAGGUGAUGAAUUUUUACUUGUCAGACAACCGUUCGUAAUUCUGUGUUGACUUAUUUAUACCAUUGUGAAAAUUGAUUUUUAAAAAAAAUAAGCCUGACAUGCUGCUUCUCUGCCAAAUGAAUACACUAUUAUCAAGAUAUAGCAGUGAUUUAUUUCUGACUCACUGGACCUUUUUUUAUAUGAAAAAAGUUCAUAUAAAACUCACAGUAUUCAUAUUUGGGCAGUCUGUGAGUUUUUGGUAACUCGGUGCUGUACUAGAAAAGCACUAAGGGAACAAUACAAAAGUAUAAAAACACAAAUUUAAAGUUAUAUAGUUUAGCCUGAGUAUGUUUCACUAGAAGAGCAAAUAUUGCUUUAGAUUUCUCACAUAGAAAAUACUUAGGGUUAAGGUUUAGCUGCUUCCAGGGGGUAAAAAAAGGCCCAUGACUUUUUGUCUACUGGAGUAUACUCAGGACAUUUUGUAAGUGAAACUUACAUCUAAAUCCCUUUCAGUCACUGUUAUGGUGUCUUUGAGGAUUGGUGCCCCAGUGGGUUGUCUUGUAGGUAGAUUAUCUGCAUAUCACCUUUAACCUUCAAUGUUUUUAGUAACAGGUGAAUUGUGGAGCCAAGUAAGGACUUUGUUUUUUUCAGUUUACUUACCUCCUGACUACAUUCUCUGGAAAUGUUAAAUGAUAAUUCUCUAAAAAGACUAGAUACAACUAGCAUCCCUCUAGCCUUCCAUCCACCUUACAGCUGGACAUAUGUUUGGAGCUCACCUUGUGUGUUGGUUCCCUGCUGACUGAACCCAGAGAGUGAUUAGCGUGCCUCUCGGGAGUGAACCUGCUUAGUUGCUGGGGCCUUCAGUUCUGCUGCACAUUUUACUGACCUCGAUUGAAAACAGUAGGAGCUGAUUUAAGAGAAGUGCUGGCAUCAAAAAGAGUUUUCCAUUAUCACAUUAGGGAGAUAAUUUUAUAAGCAAGUAUAGGCACUCUUCCUUUAAGUUACUGGUAUAAAAGAUACUUGAGGUUUUGUGGGAACCAUUUUUAGUGGCUGUGAUGUAUCCAAACUCUUUUUAACACUUUAGAAUUAAGAGCUAGUCUAAUGUUCCAAAAUCAGUUAAAUGGUCAAAACAUUGGUAGCAUAUGAAGCUUUACAAGAGGACAGGAAUGUUGGAAAAGGAAUGUGACUUUUAAAAAUGAUAUGUGAAACACACGUGUUGUCCCUUAACCAGGGGUCAUCUGGGUCAGUAACAAGCUACCUUAUGAAGAAAAUACAAUAGGACUGAAUAAGGAAGGAAAUUGAAAAUAAUUGUUACUCUCUUUUGGGUUUAAUGCUGCUCUGCUGAGAUCAGGCAAAAUUUAAGUGGGUUUAGAAACCAUAAAUCCUCAUCCUCAGUGAGAUGAAGGCAGUGAAAAAGGAGCUUUGACCAGACAGUCAACUUACUUUGACAUUAAAGCCAUCUUUUUGGAGGUGGUAUUGUAUCAGGUAAUCUGUUAUUUACUAGGCAUUGCAGAGCACCCUUCCAGAUUCUGAGGCGAUGUAGGGGAAUGAGGGCUCUAAGUGCACUGGGUUGGGAAGACAACAUUCAGCUGAAUGAAUCAGUGUGUGCAACAGGUCCACCAGGAACUUCACUCAUAAGAUGGAUUCCAGAAGCAUCUUGUUUCCACUCUCCCCCAGCCCUCUUCCUCUCACCUAGUCAGUGGCUGUGAGUAAUACCCAGCUGGAGAGAACAGUCAUUGUUUAAGCGGCUGUCUUUUGCCCUGAGGGUUUGGGGGUAUGUUGAUAUUUGUCGGUUACUAUGACUUCUUUUUUUUCCCCCCUCAAUUGCAUCAAACCCUUAAAACAUGGUGGUAAGUGAGCGAUAUGCAUGCUUUUGGAGUUUGUUUAAUCUCCGCUUCAGUCUAUACGAUGCACAGUUCAUAAUGUUAACACUUUUCUUCAAGUUUACUUCAUUCACUUUCACAACUAAUUUGGAUUUCAGUUUGCUGUUUAAUCCUCAUUUACUUUCAUUUUCUUACCUUUUAUCUGUAGUUCUGUUCUUCCCUCUCUCCUGAUUUCCUUGUUAGAGGUCAAGUUGUUGUUUUUGUUUGACCUGUAAUGGGAGAGUGGUGCUGCAGAUAGCGAUUCAGUCCAGGAAAGUGGGAGCCUUGAGGCUCUUUUCUUUGUUCCUUAUAAAUGUGGAAGUGGAUUUGGGGAGAGAGAUGAAGGGGCUCGUGAGACGUAGGCACAAGUGUGAACAGCAACUGCUCCCACUUUCAGGCAUGGCAGCUACACCAGAGCCACUGUUGCUAAAACCCCUCAUGCAGCCCUUUGCACGUUAUCGCCUUGUUGGGCUGGAAAAUGACGUUAUUAGACACCAGGGCGUACAUAUAUCCCAAUUACUGAAGAAAGAAAAGCUCAUGGUGUGAAGUGCUUGGGUUAGUGCUGAAGUGUCACGCUUUGAAAAGAUUAGCUUGGCUAUCGCGAUUCCCUCUCCCCUUUUUUUCUCUUAAAAUUGGGAGUAGAUUGGUGAUAUUCUUGAAUCAGCUACCUUGCUUUAGAAUUCUGUGUUUUCGGGUGCACAGCCAGAGCACUAAAAAUAUUCUAAGUUUGCUCCUGUGUCCUUUCCUGUAAGUCCCAGAAGUGCUUAGUUCCUAGCAUGUAGCUGAGCUGGCUUGGCCAGGAUGCUGAGAGCGUUAGGGUGUUGUGGUGAGGGAGGAUCUAGGCUGGGCUCGUGGGUCUCAGUACCUGGUACGUCUUUGUAUAUCUCCACUGUAUACACAGCACACAGAUGUCUUGGGUGUCUGAGUCUUAAGUUUGUUCUCUGUACUGUUCGAUAGUGUACUAUUGUUAGUAGUAGAAUCCUGUGGACACUGGUGUGUUGCUAGCCUAUUGUUCUGGCUAAGUCACUGGUUUGUGGUUAGUUUUGUUUCUGUUUUGUUUUGUUUUUUUUCUUUUGUUUGAAAUCUUUUUUUGCUCCAGUCACUGUGUGUGCUGGCGGUGGCUUUGCCUCUCCGUUGCCUCAAAGGAACAGGUGGAGCAAUGUCUCCCUCUGACAGACAUUACUCCUGACGUGUGCUCCUGCAGAUGCCUACACUGAGACUGUAAUCUCCAUAACUGCUUCAUGUGCACCAAGCCCCCUUGUGGAAUCCUGCUGAGAGUUUUUCUAGAAGCCUUCAGUUCUAAAUCAUUUAGUCUACCUGACGUUUGUAAAAUAAAAAGAAACUAAGAACACUUAACUUGCUUUUCCCCGCCUUUGUGGGCCUUAAAAAAAAAUCUGUGUGUGUGUGUACAGACACACACACACACACACACACACACACAUACAUAUAUCCCUGGUUAAAGGGGACCAAGUUGCCCUUAGUUGAAACAGGAAGGAAAAACUUACAAAUCAGAAUCAGAAAAUACCAAUUUAAGAAGGCACCUAAACUCAGAUAAUGUAAGCUUUUCGAUUAAAAAGAAAAAAGAUAACUCAUGGCUCAUCUGGGUUUGGGUUCUGGUUUUGGCCAGGGCACAAGAGUGAGCCAGUUUUUUUAUCUGAAGUCUUUUCUAGAGGGAUGUCAGCACCAUUCAGCUUUCCCUGGUCUGUCACAGAACAUCCUCUGGUCUACCUACACUUGUUGCUGGCAUAGCCUAGCCUGUCUGACCCAGUAUUAGGUUGAACCAUUGUGGCUUCCUCUAUCUCAUUCUCCAGACUAAAGACUCUCCUAAAGAUAACAAAACAGCAAGAACAGUGUCCUUUGGGGAAGUGAGGAUGUGUGUAAACAUAUAGAUACACAUCCAUCUGCAUUGCAGGAUUGAGCCAAAACUAUACAUGCAUUCACCACAAGAAAACAAACAGCAGGAUUUUACAACUGAAAUGUUGGUUUGUCUUCUCAUCUACUUAAGAGUGAACCACUGGAACUUGGGGACAAGAUGAGUAUAAUGAUAUUGCAGCCUAUCUGUCCGCUACAGUUGCAGUUUUUCAUGACAAGCAUUCAAAGUGUUAACUAAAAUCAUUGAAACAACAUACCUGCCAUUAAAAACCUGAAUCUAGAAAUAAUAACUCCAUGAGUGUUUUGCACCUCCAGAUGGAAUGGCCUUGAAUAAAUGCUAUGAAUAGCCAUGUUUGCCACUUGCCGUUUGCUGUUCUGUUAAUCCUUAUGCAGAGUCUCACAAUUUUCUCCCUUCUUCUUCUGUCUCUCAAUGGAUUAUUAAAAACUGAACACCU